UGCUGGUGGUGCUUUCUGGAACCUCGGCAGUUUCUGCUUUUGCACCUGCAGGGUUUAGUCUCGGGCUGCUUGGGAGGACACCGGGAAUGCAGAAGGCAGGACUACACACCGGGCGAGUGCACCAGCGCCACCAAACCCCUGAAAACCCGAGGCCGCCGCGCGACUCCAUUUCCCAACGCCCCGCGCGGCGGGGGCUUGGGCGUUGCCAAGGAGACCGGCAGCGGCCCCGCCUCCACGCAGGGAAACAGGCGGGAACCACAUGACCCGGAAGGCUGUGCGCAAGCGUCCGCGGCGCGCAUUGGGCCAAUGAGAAGCGAAGGGCUGGAGUUCCGGCGGUGGGACUGUCAUUGGCCGCCCGCGUCAGGCCAUACCGGUGGUCUGUGCUGGGGCCCGCGGGUCGGGGCCAGUUUCCAGGAGGUUCCCGGGGCCCGAGGCUGGCGGCGAGGAAGGACCAGAUGGCCUUCGAGGAUGUGGCUGUGUACUUCUCCCAGGAGGAGUGGGGGCUCCUGGACACAGCCCAGAGGGCCCUGUACCGCCGUGUGAUGCUGGACAACUUUGCACUUGUGGCCUCGCUGGGUAAGGACUCUCCACCUCUCGACCUCGUGUGGUCAUCCAACUUGAGCGUGGCGAGGAGCCCUGGGUUCCCAGCAGAACGGACACGAUCCUGUCCAGGAACACCUACAGGAGGCGCAACCCUGGUUCCUGGAGUGUGGCAGAGGAUGGAGAUGUUUCUGGAGAAUGGCCACGAACUUUCCCAGAUACCCCACCUGGGAUGACUACUAGCAUCUUCCCAGUUGCUGGUGCCUACCACAGUGUAAAAAGCCUGCAGCGACAACGGAGUGCCUCCCCAUCUCGGGAGAGAAAACCCACAGGGGUGUCGGUGAUCUACUGGGAGAGACUCCUGCUAGGCUCGGGCAGUGGGCAAGCCAGCGUCAGCCUGCGACUGACCUCCCCGCUUAGGCCUCCUGAGGGCGGCCAGCUUAGGGAAAAGACCCUCACAGAGCACCCGGUGCCUGGGAGGCGGCCCAGGACCCCUGAGCGGCAGAAGCCAUGUGCACAGGAGGUCCCUGGGAGAGCCUUCGGGAAUGCCCCGGAUCUGGAGGCCGCCAGCGGUCGAGGGCAUCAUGGAAUGGGUCCGACUUGGCAGGAGCCUCAGAGACUCCUCGGUGGCCAGGAACCUUCCACCUGGGAUGAGCUGGGCGAGGCUCUCCCCGCUGGGGAGAAGUCCUUCGAAUGCAGGGCGUGCAGCAAAGUGUUCGUGAAGAGCUCCGACCUCCUCAAGCACCUACGCACCCACACCGGGGAGCGGCCCUACGAGUGCGCCCAGUGCGGCAAGGCCUUCAGCCAGACGUCGCACCUGACGCAGCACCAGCGCAUUCACAGCGGCGAGACGCCCUACGCCUGCCCCGUGUGCGGCAAGGCCUUCCGGCACAGCUCCUCACUGGUGCGGCACCAGCGCAUCCACACGGCCGAGAAGUCCUUCAGCUGCUCCGAGUGCGGCAAGGCCUUCAGCCACGGCUCCAACCUCAGCCAGCACCGCAAGAUCCACGCGGGCGGGCGUCCCUAUGCCUGCGCACAGUGUGGCCGCCGCUUCUGCCGCAACUCGCACCUGAUCCAGCACGAGCGUACGCACACGGGCGAGAAGCCCUUUGUGUGCGCGCUCUGUGGUGCCGCCUUCAGCCAGGGCUCCUCGCUCUUUAAGCACCAGCGCGUGCACACAGGCGAGAAGCCCUUCGCCUGCCCACAGUGCGGCCGCGCCUUUAGCCACAGCUCCAACCUCACCCAGCACCAGCUCCUGCACACGGGCGAGCGGCCCUUCCGCUGUGGGGACUGUGGCAAGGCCUUCGCUAAGGGCGCUGUGCUGCUGAGCCACCGGCGCAUUCACACGGGCGAGAAGCCCUUCGUGUGCACGCAGUGUGGCCGCGCCUUCCGUGAGCGCCCGGCCCUCUUCCACCACCAGAGGAUCCAUACCGGCGAGAAGCCCGUCCGGCGAUCCAGGGCCAGCUUGCACCCCCAGGCCAGGUCUGUUUCCGCGACAUCAUCAGAAGGUGCGCCAGGGAAGGAAACCGAGCCCACUCCCGCCUCGGGCCCAGCCGCAGUCUCGGAGCCAGGGGAGGUCUGAGGUCACAGGUUGCAGCCCUGGCCUUGUGUGAAUCCCGUCCACAGCUAAAGGGCAUAUGUCCUCUGCAGAUCCACAGCAGAGAAAAAGCCCCGUGCUUGCUAGUCAGGGCUUUGGCUGUGAUUUCAUUUGCACUUGGGGACAGGAUUUGCCAGUUCACCCACAGAUCACACCUCCAUCCCCAAAGAGGUAGCACUACAGAAGCCUCAUGGGGAGGAUGUGGUGGCUGAACUCCAGUGGGGCCGAGACUAUUCCGAGCCAGUAGGAGGUGGACAGUCACAGCACUGCACUGUGGUGCUGCUUCGUGUGUUGACAGUGGCUGCUAAGGUGAGGGGGAUGCGGGCAUGGGUUGGGGGUGGCCUAGAGAAACUUAUGACAGCUGCACACAAACUGGCUGCUGGAUAGAUGCCCACUGAGGGUAUUCUCAACCCACCACUGCCUCUGUUCAUCCAAGGCUUCCUAGAGGCCAGCCUAGCAGACAAGAGACCACAAGGGACUGGGGAUCAGGGUGUGGGCGCUCAGUGUCAGCCACCACCUCUGGGAAAGGAAAAGGUUUGGGUCCACUGAACAUCAUGUUUGCAGACGCUGACAGGUGGGGUCCUAAUGAGAGCCAACACGUGCUCACUGCCAGCUCCCGUCCUGAGUGCUGGGAAAU